CACAGAGAGGAGACACACCCUUGCAUAUUGCCAUUCGGAACCGGCAUCGAAUCAUCGCAGAACUCCUGCUGAGGAACCCUCGCGACGGCCGGCUGCUAUAUAAACCCAACCGCCAGGGGGAGACGCCGUACAACAUCGACUGUGCGCAGCAGAAGAGCAUUCUCACCCAGAUAUUUGGGGCCAAAUACCUCCAUCCGAGUGAGAAUGAGAACAGCAUGCUGGGAUACGACCUGUACAGCAGCUCCCUGGCGGACAUUUUGAGCGAGCCGACCCUGACCCCACCCAUCACUGUGGGGCUGUACGCACAGUGGGGCAGCGGCAAGUCCUUUCUUCUCAGGAAACUGCAAGAUGAAAUGAAGGAGUUUGCCGAGCAGGAAAGCGAGCCGGUGUUUAAGGUGUCGUGGCAGCUCAUCGUGGCGCACGCCGUCCUCAGCGCGGUCCUGGGGCUGGUGUUCGGCCUCACCGUCAGCUGGCUGGCAGGGCUGCUCGUCGGACUUAUCACUUUUUUCAUAGUUGUCAUGUUUCUAGGUAUAGUAUAUGUGGGUUCUCAGGGAUUUGACUGGGACUGGGCGUGGCAGGCGGGAGACUUUGUGUACCGACAGCUGUCCUACUCCCAGCUGCUGCUGCAGGUGUGCUUCUGUAACCCACCUGUCAUCAGGACUCAACAGGCACUGCCCAUCAGGUUCCUGUUUACGGACUACGCGAGGCUGACCCAUGUGGGAGGAGAGACGUCCCUGGCCGGGAUGAUCGGCACGCUGUGUGAGGCUGCUGAGCAGGAAUUCGGCUUCCUCGUCACCAGACUGUUCCGCGUCUUCAAACCAGAACACAGUCAAGGUGAGAAAGGAGCAGGCCGGUUCAAACUGGUAUGCUGCUGUCCCACCUUCCUCAUCGUUAUCCUGGAGGUGCUGGGCGUGCUGGUGAGCGUCAUCCUCCUGGUCAACUUUCGCCUGGACAACGCCGCGGUCAACGGCUUCCAGAUCGCGCUGCUGUCCGUGGUGGGUCUGACGCUGCUGCUGACCUGCCGCGUGUGGUUCGAGGUCCUCUGCUCGCUGGUCAUGUCGCAGAAACACCGCGUGCUGAAGUCUGCCACCAACCUGGACAAACUCAGGAUGGAGGGAUUCAUGCAUGCCAUGAAGGCAGAGGUAGACCUGUUGGCAGGGAUGGUUCAGUGUUUCGAUGCCUUCACCCAGCACCAGACCAGACUGGUGGUGGUGGUGGAUGGGCUGGACUCAUGUGAGCAGGACAAGAUCCUGCAUGUCCUGGACACGGUGCACGUGCUAUUCUCUGGAGCAGACCAGCCCUUCAUCACAAUCCUGGCUGUAGAUCCACACAUCAUCAUCAAGGCUGUGGAGGUAAACCUGCACUCUGUAUUCCGUGACUCCAACAUCAACGGCCACGACUACCUUAAGAACGUGGUGCAUCUUCCCUUCUACCUUAAGAACCGUGAGGGAGACGUCCUUAAGAAACACGUGGUGAAUGGAUCUGUGGGCAUGAGGUCCGGGGAGUGCUCCCCACUGGCAGAAGAGCCAGCUGUUACAUCAGUCGUUGGCCCCACUGGAGAGACUACAGUGCUGACUAGACGGCCGCGGCUGCCGUCACAGAAUUCUCUGGUGGAGAGAAGGUCCAGUAAGGUCGACUUCAGCACGCUGGCACGGAGGUUGUCACGCCAACCCUCGCUCUCCUUCACGCCAAAGCGGCCGAACCUGCUCAGCCGACAGCUGACCAGACAGUCGACCUUUGACAUGUCGCAGGCGCUGGUGACGGACACGUAUUUCAGCGGGGUGACGCCACACACCAUGAGGAGGCUGCUCAACAUCGUAGCACUUACAGGUCGUUUGUUGCGAGCGAGGAACGUGGCGUUUAAGUGGCACCAGCUGGCGAGCUGGGUGAACCUGACAGAACAGUGGCCGUACCGCACGUCCUGGCUCAUCUACCAACAGGAGGAGACUGAGGACAUGGGAGACAACACCACACUCAACAUGUUAUAUGACAGAAUCUCGGGUAAGAUCCCCACGUCCCGGGAGAUGGAACCCCUGCUGGAGAUAGACGGAGAUGUCAGGAACUUUGAGCUGUUCCUGAUGAACCACUCCCCCCUCCUGACAGUCAGCGACCUGAGGACCUUCCUACCCUCCACCAUCAACCUGGACCCUAACAUCAAGACUGUCAUAGCAGGAGAGCAUCUCAGGUUCAGCCAGUCUCCUGUUCGGCUGCAGUCACCUGUGCAUCUUGGAUCAGCCUCACCAGAGCACUACGGCCCUUGUCCUUUGCACUACCCCCACACCCAUGCUGAAACACACGUGCACCGCCGCCACACCCCCUCCCCCAUAGGGAGAACCCUGUCCCCCUGCUUACGCCAGCCAGACGUAGGUUAUCGUAGGGAGCCUGUCUCUCCUUACUCUCGCCAGACGUCUGGUACCGUGGCUUCACCGUCAGAUCUGUACGAGACACAGCUGGAGGCCAUGUUGGAGGGGCAGCGCAGCGGAUCAUCGCACACGCUGGUCAGCGUCGGCAGUACAGCUGCAGCUGCAGGGGCAGCAAUGCAAGCUGCUCCAAUAGAAGUGGUGAACCCCCUGGCCGGCAGCAGGACGUCCCUGCACAGUAAACCCCCCUCCGCCCGCGGAUCCAGGGUCUCCCUGCUCACCCAGCACGAACACAAGUCCCCCCCUCCACCGCCGCAGCAGCAGCAAGCCUCUGCCACAACCACCCCGCUAACCCGACCGUCUGCGCUGGCUCUCCGGUCAUCACUGCACACCAUGCAGGUCAAGGCCCAGUCCCAGUCAGACGUCCGCGAGCCCAAACUGAAGAAUCUGGACGUUCACGACGUGUGUGACCGUCUGGCACAGCUGGAGGGGAUCAACCAGGUAGAACUGCCCAGAUAUCACAAGACGAUCCAGGAGAACAACAUCAACGGGCCGGUCCUUCUGCACUGUGAGCUGGACGAGCUCAAGGUCGUCAUGAACAUGAAGUUUGGAGACUGGCAGCUCUUCAGGGCCUACAUCGUCGAGAUGAGGCACAAGGAGAGAUUCGGCCACGUCAAGGUUGAAGAGGAGUUUAUAGAGGACACCAUGGAGCUGGCCAGCAGCAGGGCUAACCUGUACAUGCCGUCCAUGGUGAAGGGCGGUAGUGACACGUCCGGUUCCCAGGAUUCCCUGCUGGCAGAGUUCGGGCACCUCAGUCCCCAGGAACAGAUCCAGUACCAGGGUGCAUUGCAGGCAUAUCUGGAUAGUAUUGAGAACCAGGCUGUGUCAGUCCGGUCCAAAAUUCCCGUCCGGAGAAGCCCCAACACUACCGAGGAGAAGAAAGCGCUGGAGGACGAAAAGUACCAGUCAAGGAUCCCCCGCCUCAGCAACAGCAAGCACGACUUGUCCUCGCUUCACUCGGGCAGUGACGAGAGCCUCCACGGACAGCCAAAGUCAAGGUCGCACUCGCUGGAGAAGCUGCGGCAGUCGCCCCGACCUCGCAGCUCCACCCCGCCCCGCGACCCCUCCCCCAGAACGAGGGCGAAGGUACACACCGUCCAGUCCCCGUCUUAUUCCAUGAAGAGCUCCUUCCGACGGAGCUGGAGCGGCACCAGCCCCCCCACGGUGGGUCCUGAGGUGAAACCCUCCCCAGAACCCACAUGUAGCACAGACACUCAGGCCAAGGGCCCGCCCAGGCUCAAGACCCUCCCCACAGACUUUGCACUAUCAGUAGUCAUCCCCAAUAGCGAGAGUUCCGAGCUGGAGGAUCUGACAGACAUGUCUCCUCUGGUUAGUGAUGCCGCUGGCCAAGAGGGCCAACAUGGCAUGGGGAAGAUCAGCCGCACGUUAGAAAACAUCGCCAGCGCCUUCAGAAGCCCACGCACAAGCUCCAAGUCAAGCAAAGACGAGAAAGAGGACGUGGAACCCCUCUUGAACAUGGAAGAGGGGGAGGGCAAAGGCGUGUCAGAAUCUGAGUCAAAAACCCUAACCCAACUCACCCACUCCAGUUCAGGAACACUUACAGAGGUCACCCCCCUCCCCACCCCUGACCAGGCUGUAGAUAGACAUUUAGACAUAAAGAACCCUUCAGACAGUUCCCUGUGGAAAAAGAGAAAACACAUUCCUUCUGUGUCAGACGACGGUCCCGCUGGAGAAAAGAACGAUUCUGGCUCUCAUCCGCAGACCAGACUAGCAGGAGAAAAACCUGGCGUUGUCCAGGAUGGAAGGAAUGGGAAUGGGAGAAACAGGAGCCAGGAGAGAGAAAGCAGUAUCGAGGACAAUAGAAGGAAUAGAAACGAUAACGACGGAGCCAUUCAGCACGCUGACUCUUACUCCUCCAACAGACCUGCAACGUUAUCGACAGAAAACGAACAACAGGAUCAGAGCUUCGACGACUCGUCAGAGAAGAAGAAGGGGACAAAGCUGACGAGGAAAGAGUCCGGCAGACAGAAGAGCAGGCUGCCCGUGUUCAGGACUGGGUCAGCCCCCGGACAGGAGUCGCCCGCAGGCACCAAGAGACAGAGCCCGGAGAGCACGCCGUUUGGCUCCAAGAGACCAAGUACUCUGAGUAUGACAAAGGCUGAUCUGGAGCUGAAGGGAAGUGAUGAGGAGGCAGGGAGUACGGGACAAGUCAGUAUCACCAUGGGAGAACUGGCUGCCACAGGAGAGACUGUGUUGUAACACAACACACGUUGUAACCGUGAAAUCAAACUGUAAUCUGUAUUGUAAAGUUGGGAGUUUUUUCUUCUUCUUGAACGAGUUUGACUAUGACAUUCCUGCAUCUUGCCACUUGAAAAUGAUCGAGAAAAUCAAGGAACAAAAAAUCUAGCAUAGAUUUCUAACAGUACUGAUUGACUUUGGCGUUUUAAUCCAUCAGAGUGACCUUUGUCUUGAUCUGUUUUAAACUUUUCUCAGAUGUAUAAGCAUAAAUUGUUGCAGUGACUUUUUCUCAGUCCCAGACAACACUGUAAGAAUUAUCACACCAAGACUGUUGCCUUGUGGGGAGGCAGCGAACAAUGUAAGACCUGGUAUUCUUUACCUUUGACCUCUAUAGGGGCUGAUGUUGAGUUUGGGGUUGUCUGAUAUUAUUACCCAGAAUUCCUUCUUGCUGGUAAUGUAAAUCUGUGGGUUCAGCAAGAGGAGGUUUUGUCUUGACCUGACAUUAAUGUACAGCAAUCUUAAUAAUGAUGGAACUUUAGUCCAUUCUGCCCUGUGAGGGCUUCUCAAGGAAAUCAAAAUGUAUUCUUUUAACGACUGUACAUGACCUUGGGGCACUCAGCGCUUUGUGACAAUGAGUCGACCUUGACUUCCAAUGUGGAUGCCGACGCUCGUGGCACGAUACUUCAGUGUACAGAACUCUAAUUUAUUGGACUUGCCAGUUGUAUGUACAAACGUUUGGAUGUGCUGUCCGUGUGAUGAUGAUGUCUUCUUGCAUGCGAGCCACGCAAUACUCUCACGUAAAUCGACGCAGUGAUCGUUGUGCUGUACGUUAACACCCAACCAUUGUAACCAUGCACAUUUAUACAGAAAAAAAAAGAUACAUCAUAAAGGAAAGGAGAAAAAAAGAGGGAAAAAAAUCAAAAGUUUUUUUACUGGAGUUGAAGCAAGAAACGUGUAGAAAAGUAGGUAAAGAUGAUGAAAGCUAGGUAACGGACCGCUCAGGUGUGUUAGUGAUAACAUUUGUUGUCCACUCGAGGGAUGUUUCCUCAUUCCAGUGAUAUUGUGACGUUGGUAAGACAUAAAUAUCAUGUAGUUCUGAUGGCCACUGUAUGGGAUCAGAUACGGAGAACAUUUCAUUUCAGAAAUCUACUGUAAUCAGAGAGUCUUUCCAUAAAUGUGUGAGAUACAAAUACACCUGUAUUAUCUAAACUCGAUGUUGCAAAAGUUUGUUUCAGGGUAUAGUCGUUUUUUUAUGGAAAGCAGUCCUAUCGUGUUUGAGAGCAGCAGGGUCUGCUGAGUUUUUUGCAUUUUUUAGUCACUGAAAAUGAAUUUAUUAUGGACAGUUUAUUGUCUUUCCCUGAAGGUCAUUAGAUUGACCUUGGAGACAUCAGUGUUACUGAGGAUUGUUAAGUCAUGAAUUUAUUCCGUAGUACAUCAAUUUUACAUGCUACAAAUGUGUCCAUGUCUUUGAAAUCCAAAGGAUAUGAAUUCUAUGAAUGAUGAAGGAAUCUUGACUUGAAUAUCGAGUAGAAAUGCUGCUUAUGAAAUUUGCAAUUUGUGAUUUAUAUGUUGGAAUUUGAAACUUUAUUGUAUUUACCACCUUUUCAAACUGAUAUGAUGCAACUUGAUUGUUUUAUAGUUUGUUGGUUAUGCACAUUUUCUUAUUAAUUAAUUUUGGGAAAACCAGUAUAUGGGAUUGUUGGACAACUGGGCUUUUCCUGAUCAACUUCAUACUUCUCCCCAGUCGACGUAACUGAAAACUGGUAUCAGUAAUUGGGAGUAGGUACGGAGAAACUUACAGAACUAUCAUUGAAUGAUCUUCCUUUCUUUGCAGUGGUGUACGCAAUGUACAAGUAGGCUUCCUGACAACAGGACACUCAUGAGUAUGUUACACUUGAUAUAACACUGAAAUCAGUAUGAACAGCAGACAGUACUUUAUUUGACAGAAAGUGGUCAUCAUAGCUGCAAGUAUACAUUGUUCUCAUGUGCACUGUAAUAUUAUAACAUGUAGGCAUAAGUGUGUGCCCAUGCUGCACUCCCCUACUUAACCUUGAAGAUGGUAUAAUCCCACUGGCGACCAAUCAGGAGAUAGUACUACUGGGGAUGUAACCCUACCCAUGGCGACCAUGUUUGCUGUUGCUAGGUGACAUGAUGAUGCUAUCAUUUAGUUGGUGUUGUGGAAAAAGUUUCUAGCUGCGUUUGCAAGUCCUGCCCAUGAUUAUCCCUUAGCCAUAGCAACCAUAUUACCAUUAUUGCAACCUCUGCUGUCCUGUUGGCAAACUUUGUGCACAACACUUGCUACAUAAUUAGCAUCAUCAGUCAUCUACAUGUAUGGCAUUUGUAGUAUUCUCCCGGGUAGCCUUUUGGCACUGUAGACUUGGACCAGGUAGGCCACAGGGAGAAGAUUAAAUAUUCUUACUUGUGAUUGACAUGUUAAGACUUUACAAUUGUUAGAACAUCAGACAGAUUUAACCAGUGCUGGAUGCCAUAAGAGAUUGUCAGAAAAAUGGGUUAUUUUAUUAGACCACAACUGCAACUCUGACGUAAUGUUAAUAUAUAUAUGAUUGUGCAUAUCAUUUCUGCAGAAUUCUUGCCAAGCCUGGUGAACAGAACAUAAUGACGAAAUCCCAUCCUGGUUACCACAGAAACAGUUGCUAGGGACAGUCAGGAGUUGUGAGAAGGUAGGGGAAGGCAGUAUGUUGCACAAACUGUCACAAUAAACAUCACGUGUACAUGAA